CAAUCGUGUGCUUAGCGCAUGCGCACCAGCUGAGCUCCCUCUCAUCCAAUGCGCACACACAGAAACUUCGCUCACAGGCGGUGUAGCUAACAGCUAAGCUAAGCUACGGUUGCUGCAUACAACAUGGAGAGAAAAGUUUUGGCUCUUCAGGCAAGGAAAAAGAGAAGCAAAGCCAAGAAGACCUGCAAAAAGCAGCCGGCGAAUCCCAGCAGUCGUCAGCAGGCCCAAAAUGAAGCGUCGCCUCGGGAACCUGAAGAACCCGAGGAGAUUCUGGGUUCUGAUGAUGAAGAGCAGGAGGAUCCCAACGACUAUUGCAAAGGGGGCUACCAUCAUGUAAAAGUAGGCGACCUUUACAAUGGAAAGUAUCAUGUCAUUAGGAAACUGGGAUGGGGACACUUCUCGACCGUGUGGCUCGCCUGGGACAUCCAGAUGAAGAGGUUUGUUGCAAUGAAGGUGGUCAAGAGUGCAGAACACUACACAGAAACAGCUGUGGACGAAAUCAAGCUUCUCAAGUCUGUGAGAAACUCAGACCCUGAUGAUCCCAAACGCGAAAUGGUGGUUCAGAUGUUGGAUGACUUUAAGAUCUCUGGUGUCAAUGGAACCCAUGUCUGCAUGGUAUUUGAGGUUUUGGGGCAUCACUUAUUAAAGUGGAUCAUCAAAUCAAAUUACCAGGGUUUGCCCCUACCCUGUGUAAAGAGCAUUAUUAGACAGGUUCUCCAAGGCCUCGACUACUUGCACACAAAGUGUCAGAUCAUCCACACAGACAUCAAGCCGGAGAAUAUCCUGAUGAGUGUCGAAGAGCCUUAUGUUCGGAAACUGGCGGCAGAAGCCACGGAAUGGCAGCGGGCAGGAGCGCCACCUCCCUCAGGCUCAGCAAUUAGCACCGCACCUGCUCCAAAACAGACUGUAAAAAUGUCCAAAAACAAGAAGAAGAAACUAAAAAAGAAGCAAAAGCGACAGGCGGCGUUGCUGGAAAAGUGCAUCAUGGACCUGGAGGAGAUGGAGAAGAUCACAGAGGUGCGGGAUGAAGACGACGAGGAUGUCGACGAGGAGCCAGAGUCUCCGAAAGGCCGGGCCUGUGCUCCUCUGAGGCAGAUGUCUCUGAAGGAUGUGGGGAAUCAAGACGCACAAGAGAGUGGCAUGAAUGCAGAUGGGCUGUCCGAGCUGAGCUGUAACGGACACACGGAAGCGGAGCAGAGAUUGCCCAGGUGGAGAGAGGAAGACCAACAUAAUGGCAACGCUGAAGAGAAGAAACACAACUCCAUCUGCAACGGUUUGGAUUGUGCCGACCUCAGGGAGGAGCUGCACGCUGAGAUCGAAGAAGCGGCUCACUGCAGCGGCUUGUCUGCCAGCCACUUUUCUGCCGGGCUGGAGAAGGGGUUGGAAGAGAGCAUUUGUCGAGAGCAAGGAGAAGAUGGAAGCGAGGAAAAUCUGCAAAAUGGCAAGCAAACGGCAGGAUCCCUGCUCGUCAACCCCCUUGAGCCAAUCAAUGCGGACAAGAUCAAGGUUAAGAUUGCAGACCUGGGAAAUGCCUGCUGGGUGAACAAGCACUUUACCGAAGACAUCCAGACACGACAGUACCGCUCCUUAGAGGUACUCAUCGGCGCAGGGUACAGCACACCUGCAGAUAUCUGGAGCGCAGCCUGCAUGGCCUUUGAACUCGCCACAGGAGACUACUUGUUUGAACCACACACUGGUGAAGAUUAUUCCAGGGAUGAAGACCAUAUAGCGCUGAUCAUUGAGCUGUUGGGGAGUGUCCCACGCAAACUCAUAAUGAACGGAAAAUAUUCGAAGGAUUUUUUCACCAAGAAAGGGGACCUGAAACACAUCACCAAGUUGAAGCCGUGGGGGUUGCUGGAGGUGCUGGUGGACAAGUACGAGUGGCCUCGCCAAGAGGCCGAGUGCUUUGCCGACUUCCUGCUUCCCAUGCUGGAGCUGGUCCCCGACAAGAGAGCCACGGCGGCCGAGUGCCUGCGCCACCCCUGGCUGACCCUCUAGUAGACCUCUCUUCCCUUCCACUCUCUCCGGAGAAUGCAACAGAUCACUUUCCAGUUUGGGCAUAUCAUAUGAAUAUUUAUUUCUCUCGUCGUUCUUUGGUUAUCGUAUUUGUCGGUUCUCUCAGCGCAGUGGGGAUGUUCCUCGGUCGGCUUCAACUGCUGUACCGACCUAGCGAACCGUUCUUGUUCCCCUAGUGACUCUUCCUUGUUUGUUCUACUUCUGCACUAGAACCACCCCAAACAAACCAAGGAUAUGUAGCCAUGUCCCCACAAGUUCAUUAGUGCUGUCUCUUUCUUUUUAACUGGGUCUUUUAUUUUCUAUUAAACCUGUAUGAUAUA